AUGUCCAAAAUUGGACUUAGGAUAGUAGAUUUAGUGAGCAAUAUAAGCAGUGUAAGAAUAGAAAACGAACAUCACUACACUAAGGUCGAUGUCAUUGUGGAAAACAUUGAAUCUGCAGCAGAACAAGGCAAUGCAGAAAAUUCCUCAAGUAACUCUGAACUGACAGUUGUUGCAGUUAAUGACACAACCCCAUCUCCUGAACACAGCAGUGGAAAAAGUGCCUUGAUUAUCUCAGAAAUGACUGAGUUAAUAAACAUUCCUAUGGAAAAAUACAAUAGAAGUGAAGAUGAUAACAAUGAAAUCAUAUCAUCUGAAGAAGAAAACCAAACAAUUAUUGCUGAUGGUGAAGAAUUCGAACCGCUGAAGUCAAGGAAAAGGAAACCGAAAGUGAAUGACUACUCGAAAAGAAAUGAGAUGAAAAAACUAAGAAAUUUAAAAAAAAAAAUCGAUAACGUCUUCGUCGAAACUAAAAGGUCCAGACAAGAGGAUAUCAGUAAUGAAGAUAAUGUGAAUGUUGAAGAAGGAGAAAGAGAAAAAGUCUCUCAACCGUUUUUACUCAAUACAUUUGGAAUAAGUCACCAAGAUGUAAAGACCGUAGCAGCGAAGCUCAAUAUAUCAGAAAACAGUGUGGUUACCAUAGAUGGGGAUAAUAGGGGAAGAAAUUACAUAACAAAAACCUGCAUAAGUCAGCGACAAGAACUUUUAGUAAAGGAUCAAAUAAAUUCAUUUGAAGCCGUCGAAAGUCAUUAUUCUAGAAAAGACUCUUCAAAGAAAUAUUUACCUGGGGUCAUUGAAUAUUUCAAAAAUGUUCAGACUGUAUAUGGAUUAUUGUAA